GGUCGUGACGGUGGCGGUGGUGAAGUGGCCCAGCAUUUGAAGUGAAACCGCUCAGUUAUCGGAUUUUGCAUACAAAACGUAGAUAGCGUAACGGAGGCCAAAAAAAGCAGAGGGGGAAAAAAAACUUAGUCUAUCCUAUAGACCCGAUCUUAUCGAUAUAUUUAAAAGUAUCCAGAUUCAGACAAACGCAGUGCUUACUUCAAGGGCUCCCACACAAACGCCCUGCUGGGCACAUUCCCAUACUUUCACACCAAGUCAGUUCCUAGGGACACACACAUUUACACGAAACACACGCAGAGAUUCAGAUUCACACACUGUCCCCCCACCUCCCCCCCCAGCUCUGCGAGAUUUCCACGUGUGUGUAGAUCUGUGAAAUGGGGAAGGGGUGGGUGGUGAAAGGGGCGGGGGUAGAGAGAGACUGAGCUGACGUCACGGCUCCAGACCACCCAAUCAGCUCCCGGGUCGGAGCCCCAGCUCUGGUAUUGGGGGAGCCAAGGGGCAGUUCUCUAUAACGCGGUCCUCCGGAGCUGACCGGGAAGAAAGGAGCCUAGCAGAAGGUGCCGCCACCGGGAGCCGAGGACCGGGGGUGCGGGGGAGCCUGGGAACUUCCCCGCCUUACUCUCCAGUCGCUUUGUUUCCCCAGCCUCUGUGCUUCUGGCAUCUCUAGGGGGGCUCCAACCCGGGCUGGGGUGAAGGCGGCUAGAGGAAGGUUUCCUUCUUCCCCCUUCCGGGGCGUUGCAUCAUGCCCCACUCCCCUGACCGGGUGGCUGUCUACGCCAGGACUGGCGGAGGACCCAGGAGUCCGGUGACCCGGCCGAACGCGUGAGCAGGCGAAAGAAAGGGCUAGAAGACGAGUCUCCGAGAUUGCUGGGGAGUCAGCGGAGGACGCCCCAAAGAAGAGAUCUCCCGUCGAGGGGGGGGCAAUGUUCCCCUUUUCUGCGGGGCCUUUGGGAAGUGUGGGUACCAGACCAGUCAGAAGAGGACCCUUCCUGUGGGUGACCUUCCAAGCCUCCCCAUGGAGACCCUACUUCCCACAUCGCGGCCAGCCGUCCAGGCCGUCCCCCGGGCAUCUCCGUGCUCCCCCACACCCCGGAAACCACGCCGGGGCCCCCAAGAAUUCUCUCCUCUUUGCCUGCGCGCCCUUGCCUUCUGCGCCCUCGCCAAGCUGCGGGCCCCCCAACUGGGCCUCGUCCGCGGGCUGGAGGGAGUGACCGGGGACAGUGGUUUGGGGGAGCUGGGGCCGCGGGCAUCAGUUCUCGUGGGCCCUCUUUGCGGGAGCAGCCGGGCCCAGGAAAGCCUUAAGUGGCUGCCGGCUAAGCCCGGAACGUCGGCUGGCUAUUCUAGCGAUUCGGAUUCGACCCGAGCAGGCGACUUCUCAGACGGCGAGGACUUGGGCGCCCGGAUGCCGAGUUGCAGCAGCGAGGAAGAGGAAGAUCGCGGACGGCCGAGUAUUUGCUUUCUCAGGGCCGCUCCAGCCAGCCCUGCAGCUCUUUCCCCGCUUCGGGAGUCCCAGCCUUCUCCUGCCCAGCCUACCCCUAGCUCGGUCCCGCAGCUCUAUCCCUCGUCCGUCCCCAGCGCCAUUCUGCCCCGGGCGUCCGGUCCUCAGUCGCUGCUUCCUCCUCCUCAGCUGCCUUCGGAUCCCCAGAUUGGCCAGCGGGAGCUGGAAGCCCCGAGAGUGGAGUCCCAGCAGUUGCCUCAUAGUCACAAAGACGAGGUCAGAGCUGCCUCUCCUGAGGGCAUUUCGCCCUCCGUGCCCUCUGAGACCUCAGACCCUAGCAACGGGACUGCUGCGACCGGGGGAGCUCCGGACCCCUCGGGCGAUCCGCGGAGGGAACAUUUCGAUCGCUUGAUUCGCCAGUCCAAACUGUGGUGUUAUGCGAAAGGCUUCGUGCUGGACGGGCCGAGUUUGCGAAGAGUUUCGGACCGUCCAUCCUCGUCCCCGACGAAAGCCCAGGCCAGGGGGCCGGUAAAAAAGCGCCGGCGGCCCGUGGCUCCCCCGCGCAGCGCCCAAGUUCGCCGCCCUCAAGCGUCGCUCCCCACCAAAAGCUCCUUCAGCCUCCUAGCCAGCUUCCCCUGUCCUCCGGCUCUGGUGGUGGGGGAAGACGGGGACCUGAGGCCCGCAUCCUCGCUAAAGCUUUGUGGCUCCUCCCGACCGCCUCCAGCCCACCCGCUGUGGAGAUGGCAGAUAGGAGGACCCGCCAUCCCGGAACCUCCCGGCCUCAAAUUCUGGGGGCGCACCCUGGAGAGGCUCUGAACAGGGAGGCGGUCCCCACAUUCUUUCCUGAAAGCUGGGAAACUGCAAGGGUUUGCCCAUCUGGAGAGGGUGGGCAGAGAGCCCUCUAUGACACGCUUCUCCUCCCUGCCCUUCGCUAGGGAUCUCCAAGUGUGGCAGGGAGCCUGGCGGAGUCAAGGUGAAGUACUCAGCUAUCUGCCCUGCCCCACCUCUGCAGCACCCCACCCUGGGGGAGAGGAAAAGAAGCCCGAACAGGCGCGAAGAGCUUAGCUCCCACUCUGACGCUUCUUUCUGGCUUGUAAGGGGGUGGGGUGCAGGGGACCGCCUCGGGAAGCCAGCUCGGGGUUAUUUAAAGGAGAGACCCCGGGGGUGAAGAGGACACUUCUGUUCCAGCAAGAGAACAGAAUGGACUGGGGCUGGAGAGGCAAUCUGAGGGUAGAGGAGAUGGAAGGGGGAUUGAUCCCCUAACCAUUCGCCUCCCAUUAGGGGACUCCUGGCUCUUUAAUUGCCGGCAUCCUUUCCCCUCCCUCUCCUUCCCAGGUUUUUUCUCUUCCUCCAACCUCCGUUGGACAAAAGUAGCAAAACUCUGUAACAGCCCGUUUGGGGAAUUGGGAGGCCUACACCUUUUUAUCUCCUCCCCCAACCCUCAGCCCAGCAAUACUGGUGACCCCAACCAGAGAGACCCCUUUUCUUUCCAGCAACCACUCCCUGCCCCCUCCCACAUCUGUUUUUUGUUUUUUCCCAUCAUCACUGUUUUCCUCUUCCUUUGGGAGAUUUCUCAAAGUAGGAGGGGGGGAGGUUGCUUGGGAUGCAAGAUCUUCCUCUCUCUUCUCCCCCUCUUCAAUCCUGGAGUGUGUGUGGAGAGGAGGGUGUCAAAGGGAAUUGGAAAGGACUGGAAAAACAAACUAGGUGGAGCUAGGCUCUGCUUCUGAAGGGGAGGGGGAAAGCCCCAUUCCCUUCCCAAUCUGCAGACUUUGAGGAGGGGGUGAGAGGCUGUCUCAGGGAAAGCAAUGGAUGGAUGAAGAAAUCAAUAAAAUCUAGACCAAACUAAUUGCCGUUA